AUGAAAAAUAUAUACACAAGUGUCAAGAUCUCACUGGGUGUGCAGGAGGCUAGGGUAACCUUGAGGAUCAGCGUCAUCACGUCUUCUGUGUCCCCGGGUUACCGAGAACCAGCCCCUCUGCCCAAAUCUGCAACAGCUGCUUUGUCCAACAAGUCUGACAGUUUGAUGACGCACAAUGACCCUUGCCAAAGAGGCGACGCGACAGAGAGCGAGGCAUAG